GCUCGCGGCGGUGGCUGGCGCUUGGUGUGCGCGUGCGACGUCGACGCGAGAGAGCGUGACCCGAUCUCGCUCGUGUGGAUCGUGUUAGCCGCAGUGUCAAUACGGGACCGAGUGGCCACGAGGCCGGCCGGAGCGGAGCAGGAGGUUCAGGUGUGAUGUCGCUGCUGGCACCGGCACCACUCUGAUGCAAGCCACGACCCAAGUGUGAAGUGAGAGGCCGAUCGCGCGCGACCAGACUACCAGUUCGCAGCCGAAAUGAACUCGGGAAUGUCGAAUUUCAACAUCAAGAAGUCGUUUGUGUGGAAGUAUGGACUCUCCAAACUCCAUAAGAAGAAGGCUGAAGAGGAGUGUGAGCCCGAGACUGACGCGGCCGGCGACGACGACAGAGCGUCUCUGUGCUCCCUGGAACCGGACCUGGCCCUUCAGCCGCAGUGGGAGCCGCUCGUGUGGACACCGCCCGACGAUCCGGGCACCCUCCCCGAGAAGCGGCGCUCCCUGGACCCGCCGGCAGCGGACGCGGUGACGGCGGCGACGUCUGGACAGGCAGCAGCAGCGACAGCAGCGGCGGCAGCCACCGAGACGGCGCUGCCGGGAUACGCCGUGGCCGGCUGCCGGCGGGUCUCUGUUGACGGAGAGCUGCCCAUCUACGAGUCACUUAGUGAGUAUGGCGGGGCGCUGGCGGAGGACCAGCAGACGCUGUACGAAAACGACACCGAUGAGGAGCUCUCCGGUCCGCUGUACGAGAACGGACCGAUCGCGCCCGUCGCCGUGGGCUCGGCAAACGAUUCUGAUGAUGACGAUCAGCCGAUCUACGCAAAUGGGAACGUGGUGCAGGAGCCUCCGAUUUAUGAAAACCUGUUUGAGGAGGAGACUGUGGUGGCUCGGAGGCCGUUGAAGGCUCCGACGAAGGCGAAGGUGGCGGCGUCGGGGGAGGAGUCGCAGUACGAUGACCUGCGUGUCGAGGUCAGGUCAGACCACGGGUACGACUCGUACCAGUCGCCGGCUUCCGACUCGUCCGGGGCCUCGUCGGGAUCGCGCCGCUCGUCGGGAACGGGCGAUCUGAUGGGCGCCUCACCCAAACAGGAGGGAGAGGGGGAGUCUGGCUCCUCACAGAGCGGGGAGUCAGAGCCGCCAGCAGGAGCCGGUCCCCCUCCCCCUCCCCCGCCACCCCCGCCACCGCCGCCGGUGCCCACGUCAAUGCCGCCAGGAACGCUGUCGAAGCAAGGAUCAGGAAAAGGAAGUAAUGCACGGGAAGCGAAAGCUGCGCUAGAGACACUAAUCAAGGCAGCAUCAGAAGCAAUGACCAAACCGCUGGGACUUGAGCAGGAUGCCUCGGUAAAGUCGACAUCGUCGUCGGCAAAGUCGGAGCCGACACCGGGCAAGGCGGAACCAAAGAAAGCGCCGUCGGUUCAGGGACAGCCCCUGUCACUCUCCGAGGUCCUCUCGCCAGAGUCGCUUAUGUCUGCCAAACAGGCACUCAGGCAGUCCCGCGUAGUAAACAUGGCAAAGGCGCCGGGUGUGAAGCGACCGAAGAUGGUGCCCGUUCCAACCAUUCCUGUGUACAGAAAGAGCUCCGAUCAGCAGCCAAAGGAGGCGAAAAAGGAAAUGUGCGGCAAUAAAAACUCAGGUGACAAUGGAAAUAAAGCAAAAGAUGAACGGUCGGGACCGAAGUCGCUGCAAAUGGAAAACAAGCUCGCCAUGAAGCUGGCGGAGAUCGGUCCACCAUCGCUGGCUAACCCGUCUCAGGAUAAAUCCAAGCCAAAGCCUGACACUCAGUCCCCGUCAGGCAACUCGCCGAAGCAGAACUCCAGUUUCCUGCACGCUGGCCGUGCCGUGGGCAAGCUGGGCGACAACGUGGGCUUUCAGCAGGCUAGGAAGGCCAUCGCUCAGGCGCUGCACCGCCGCGCAGCGCCGCCGGAGCCCACUCCUGAGAGGCCGAGGGUGCCGUCGUUUACGACCUUCUAUGGCGAGACGGGCGUGAGUCGACCCGACCUGACUGCGCCCGUGGAGCGGGUGGCUGUUACACCCGGGGUGAUUCCGCCGCCGCCUCCGCUGCCGGGACAGAAACUGACGGCACCGACCGUGACACAUAGCUCAAUGCCUGACAAACCAGCUGCUCUGACUCCGACCAAGGAACCUCCCGAAACUCCCACCCAGCACUCCCCCGAAACUCCUACCACGUCGUCCGAGCAGGCUCAUGACAAAGUUUACACUCUAACUCCUAUCAAAAUCCCCACGACAGCGGCUCUGCAGACUGGUCUGAAGAAGAAGCUGGAAGCCAAGAAGAACAGCAUGGCCGCCGAGAAACUGCCGCAGAAGAAGAAGAGGGUGGCACCGAAGCCGCCGGACAGGUCUCUGUCCCUGCCUGGCUUCGGUAGCUCCAAACUGGACAUAGCCAAGGCGUUUGAAGAGUUCAAAAGAAAGGAGGAAGAGAAAGAACGCGAGGAGAAGAAGCAGAAGAGUAGCUUCCUGGAAGAGCUCGAUUCCAAAAUGUCAAAGAAAAUGGCGUCGUUAAGUGGGAAAGGAAAAAGCACAACAGUGAAACUAAAUACUGAAACGACCAAAGAGAAUGACUGGAAUAGUCACGUCAGUAAAAAGGACUGUUUGGGAACACAUUCCUUCAAUAAGUUCGAAUUCACUGAUUACGACCUCAUAAAAUCGAUGAUUUUCCCGAAGAAAACCGCCAACAACCCUGGUGCGCACCGCAUAUCAAAGCGUGAGGCCCGAGAGGCGAAGAAGAAGCGCCAAACACCGAGGAUUCCGAGCAGCCUGAUCUGCGCCAACCUCCCUGAACAGCCUAUCGUUGUCGAAUCUACUUCCGACCGCGACUCUCCUUCCGAGCGCACCUCUCCCGUCUCUCCAAAGCCCGAGUCGACCAGCUCGUACGAGGCCGUCCGCGAGUCCUCCGAAAUCACCAUUACAGAGCGCAUCGACCCCGACUCGCCAACCCGAAAGGCUGAUACCCCCGACGAUGAUCGAUUCCGCGUGGCUUCCCUUAUCACCCCCGACGGCCGCACUUCCGGCGCCGACCGGAAGCUGGCCUCUUCCGGUGACGACUGGCUGUCUGCCGGCGACUGUUCGCUGCCGGGAAGUGACUGCUGCGUCACUGUGGGUGGACUGCAGGUGAUCCGUAUAGCUCCAGAGGAGCCUGUCGAGCCGACACAGCCACCUACAGGGUCCAUCUCCCUGACCGUGACGGCGGACCCGGCCGCGCACAGCCCGGCGCCGGUCGGGGACAGGGUCGCGCUGCAGGUGUCUCACGCGCGCGGACUCUUCCACUCGUCCGUGGUGGAGGUGAAGGCGGCAGAGAGCUGGCCGCGCCCUGCGCCGGCCGAGGCUCCCGUGAUGACGACAUUCUUCAGCUCGCCCCAAAUCGAGCCGGUCGUUCGGGCUGACUCGCCUGUCGUUCGUCCCGAUUCGCCGGUCGUUCGACCCGACUCGCCUAUCGUUCGGCCCGAGUCACCUGUCGUUCGACCCAAGUCACCUGUCGUUCUGGCUGACUCGCCAGUCGUUCGACCUGACUCGCCGGCCGCCGUGUGUGACCAGGAGGCUGAACCAGUGACCCACGCAGACGACUGUGUGGCGCCGCUGGUCAUCUCUGUCUCUGAAGUUGAGAGACAGUUUGAGCGGCUGGAGCAGGAGGAGGACUGGCUGGAGGACGAGGAGGAGGAGGUGGAACUCCGGCACUACUGCGGGAGGAACCUGCUGAUGACGGCCGGCGGGGACGACACAUUCAUCGGAACGCCACAAAGUGUGGAGGCUCUCUCCAUCAUCGCCAACAAGCAGAAGACCAAGACGUUCCUGGAGACGCGUAUUCAGGCGGAGCUCCUCUCGGCGGCGGACAGCAGCUCCUGUACCAGCGGCGGCGGAGGCACCUGCGACACCAGCUCGUCGCCCAGCUCGCGGCACAGCUCGCGGCGCAGCUCGGCGCACAGCUCGCCCGUCUGCUCUUCGCGCGCGGCCGCCCACGGCUCCCGCAUGUCGGCUCCGGCCGCUCCGGGCGCCGGCUCCGACCCGGCGCCGGCCGGCUGGAGGCGCCGCUCCGUGGAGGGCGUCUCGCCCGAGACCCGGAUCGCUCGGGAGAUCCGCGAGCAGCGCAGCCGCGAGGAGGAGCUGCGCCGCGCGCGCGCCGCCGCCGGCCCGCUGAGCCCGGCGCCGGCCGACGAGCCGCUCUCCGGGUACGGCAGCGAGGAGAAGGAUAGUCUCACCGAGGAGGGCGACAGUCCGUCUCGCGGCCGCCCCCUGAGCCGCUCUCAGGAGAGCCUCAGCUCCGGUCACAGCUCGGGCCUGGGCUCGGAGCACGCCGCCGAGCUGGCCGCCCGCCGCCGGGUCACCGUCCGGCCCUUCGAGGAGCACGGCGAUGAGGAGCACUGGUCGUUCGCCAGGUCGACGGAAACACCGAUCGAGCGUGAAAUCCGUCUGGCCAAGGAGAGGGAGGAAGAGACCAGGAGAGAGCAGGCUCUGCGAGCGGCCAAACCGACCAAAGAGACCAGCUCUCGGCCUCAUGAGUCGGGCCAGCCUCCUUCGGUGAGCACUCCGGGCACGGGCCGCCGUCCGGCGCCCUCGCCUUCCGACGACCACCGGCAGGCGGCGCUGCGACUGGCCACCGGCCGCGUCCAGCACGAGAUUGAGGAGGCCACCCGGCGCGAGCUCGAGCUCCGCGGAGAGGGACACCUCAUCACCACCAGCGAGGAGACCGUCGAUGAAAAGGUCACCCGUCUCGGCGACAUGACCGAGCUGUCAAGACAGGUGCGCCAGCAGUGGAACGACCCCGACCCGCGGCCGACUCCGCCCGCCGCCCGGCCCGCGCUCCGGCCCGGCAAACGCCCCGCCAACCCGCGACCGGUCACCGCGCCUGUGGCUACCCCGAUCACCGCCCCAGCCCCCGCCGCCGCCCCCGCCCUGAGCACCUUCCGCCCGGCCUCCACCGGCCCCGCCGCCGCCCCCGCCCUGAGCACCUUCCGCCCCGCCUCCACCGGCUCCGGGCGCGGUCUGAUGGCCAAGUUCAUCUCCUCUCGCGGUCGCCUGCGGUCGGCCGGCGCGUUCGCCGCACCCGCGCCGCAGUCGCCGCAGUCGCCGGUGGCCCGCGCCGCGCCCGACAGUCCUGUGGAGCCGCGCCGCGCCGGUGCCGUGGCGGCCGGUGGCGCCGUGCGCCGUGGCCCGCGGUCGGGGCAGGCGCCUGUGCAGCGCCGCCUCCAGACCAGCUGGUCACUGGACAACCCGGCCGUCUCGUCCGGGGCGCACGGAGCGGAGCGGCGGGCUUCCAGUGGCGUGGUCGGCCGGCGCCUGCUGACCGCCGAGGAGAAGAUCCAGCUCGAGCUGAAGGUCAUGAAGGAACGCGAGGAGGAGCUGCGCCGGGAGCGGAGCUGGGCGCUGGCCCGGUCCCAGCCGGACCUGCUGGCCGCCCUGGGCGACUCGGAGGCAGAGGAGGAGGACGCGCCACCGCCGGCGCCGCUCUCCAGAACAAUGUCCAACCCCAACCUGCUGGACGACGAGCAGCUGCCGGGCGGUAGUAUGUCCACGGGGAGGCGGCGCAGCGGGCUGAUCGACCAGUGGGAGAGCAGGAUACAGGGAACCAAGACGUGAGGCACCGGCCGACGACGGAUGCACCGCGCAGGCACGCGAGACAGGGGACUGGAACUGCGACGAACAGCGGGGCCUGGUGCUGACUGCCACUGGUGCUGAAUGGUGGUGCUGACUAACUAGUGCUGGUGCCGGAGAUUCAGCGUCCGCCCUGAACUGAAAACAUUACCGAUGACAGGGCAGGGCCCGAUAGUAACCAAUGCCAGACUGCAUUGGUCGCAACCUGACGGACUCCGCGUCAGCGAACCGAAAGGCCAUCCAUAGAUUACCGGCGCCUCCGCAUAAUCCCGGUGGAAAUACCAAGUGAUGUAUUCUAUAAAACACUGCUUAUUUCUCAUCGGUGAUGAAGCUUUUGUUGAUUCUGUUUCCGCGGCCGGCGGCUGGAGCGUCCGCUGGCUUUCGGCCGGGCGGGCUGACUGACCUGUCGCGGCCUGUCGCUGGGGUAAUGCAGAACAUGUGAUAGUCGCCAGUGAGGAGGAACGUUGCCGGGGGGCGGGUGGGUCGAAUGAGCUCAAUGCGGCCGGCAGGCCCGGGCUCGGGCUGACUCGGAGUAUAUCUGUGUAGCUUUAGACGCCGCGCUGGCCCUGUGCUACUCUAACAGAGCUGGGAGGGUGCGGCACACUGCCGCGGCUCGAGCGCGAGUUACGAGUGAGUGAGUGACAGCGAGUGAGGAGUGUCUGUACUGGUCCCGUCCGUUGAAUAUAUUCAAUACGAUAUACCCCUUAAGAA